ACUGCCCCAUCUUCCUUCAUCACCUCCAUUUUCGAAAGAAAAGAAAACUGCUUCAUACACAUAGAAAAAGCUCGAUCCGGUCCUCUAAGAAAUUUCUCCUCCUUGCCGUGGAAGAUUUUCUCGAGAAACAAUCUUGUUCCGACGAAAAUCUUUCUCCACAAGCAGCAGCGUGUUCCGAGAUCGAUUGUUUGCUUUUUAUAUUCGUUUCCAAUGGCUCGCUCUUUCUCCAACGUUAAGGUCCUCUCCGCUCUUGUUUCUGAUGGCUUCUCUUCCGCUCUAAGCCGGCGUGGUUAUGCGGCGGCUUCGCAAGGAGUUGCGUCGAGUGCGGUUAAAGGAGGAAGUGUUGCGGUGGCGAGGAGCGGUAAUAUGUUGAAGAAAUCGGGUGAGGAGAAGGUUGUUGGAUCGUCUGAGAAGGUUGCUUGGGUGCCGGAUCCUGCCACUGGCUAUUACAGGCCGGAGAAUCGCGGCGAUGAGAUCGAUGUUGCAGAACUUAGAUCGAUUCUUCUUAAGAACAAGAACUGAAAGGAUUAAUAACAAUAAGUAACCUUAAAGAUGAUCGGAUUCUAUUCAGCGUAAAGAGACCUUCUGGCUUCGGAUCGAGAUUGAAAGAGGAUUGGAUCGGGCAUGAGCGUUAAAUUUGAGAAGCAGUUUGGGGAUUGGGUGACACACUAUCGCUUCCGUUUAGACGUUAAGUUUUUCUUUACCACAACUUUUCCAUUGCACUCUGUUUUUAGAAUUUGAAUGUUUCGUUUCCUGUGUACGGUUACGCUAAAAUACACAAUGAAUGAAUGGUUGAAAUAGACAUUUGUGUA